AUGACAAUGCAGUUUGAAUUCCCCAAAAUAGACUGGGAGGCGGCGGAUUUAUAUCAGGAGUUCCAGCGGUUCCGCAGCCAUGUUGGCUUCGUGUUCGCCGGUCCUCUGUCCGCGCGGCGAGAACAAGGAAAAGGCGGGGUGGAUUGCAGCACUGGACUUGGAGCUGUGUUGGUGCAGGAUGACCAGCCGGUGGCCUUCUCCUCAAGAUCGAUGACCGACGCAGAGACUCGUUACGCGCAAAUUGAGAAGGAAAUGUUAUCCAUUGUCCAUGCAUGCACCAAGUUUCACCACUACAUAUUUGGGAAACAUGUCACAGUAUACAACGAUCACAAGCCACUUGAGGACAUUUACAAAAAGUCGCUGUUGUCCACACCAAUGCGUAUCCAAAGAAUGCGUUUGAGGCUCCAGUGGUAUGACAUUACAGUUAAAUACAGGAGAGGCAAAGACAUGGAGUUACCAGACACGCUGUCCCGAGCACAACUCUCUGACAAAACGCCAGAGGCAGGAACUCUUGAGUGUGUCUCUAUGAUCAACUUUCUGUCUGUCAUCCAGGAAGGCUGGCCGGAAAACAGGCGUGAUGUGCCCAUUCCUGUGCAGCCAUACUGGGACUCAAGAAGUCAGCUGGCUGUAACUGAUGGUGUUGUGUACAAAGUAGUUGUGCAGCCCCACAGUGCUCCACGCUCCUAUGUGGUGGACAGCGGAGGUAAGCUGUAUCGGCGUACAAGCCAACAUCUCCGCAACAGCACUGCAACUGCCAACCAGCCACGUCACGUCACACCUGAUGAAGAGCCCUGGCGUGAACCACCAGUGACAUCAGCAGCUGAGCAGCAGUCUCCUACUGUCGCCCCGGAAUCACCAGUCGGAGCGCACCUGAACGCCUCGCAGAAGACGCCCCACAGCAGUGCUGGUGUGUGGGCGAAUCAGAGUGCGCCUUUCACGGCACCGUGA